GCUGUCUUCUGUUGGCACUCCAUGCCCGGUCUCAAACAUGGACGAGAAGAUUCAUAUAGAUCUGGAGGAUUUCUCCGAGGAGCAGUUCAUGGAGAGCUUCCUGAAAGAGAUUCAGAGUGAAGAAGGCGUCUUCAUCCUCGGGAUAUUAGUGUCUCUAGCGCUCGUGCUGCUCACCAUCGUGUUUUUUGGGAAUUUCUGGGGCUCCAGUAAAGCGAGGACCGCUGUGCUGCUGUUGGGACUCUGUGACUCAGGGAAAACUCUUCUGUUCACCCGAUUAUUGCUAGGGAAGUUUGUAAGAACACAGACGUCCAUCACAGAGAGCAGCGCCACAUACAAGAGCAAAAAUGACAGAGGUGGCAGCUGGACUCUUGUUGAUGUUCCUGGUCAUGAAAGUUUAAGAGUUCAGAUUGUGGAGAAGUACAAGGCCCUGGCUCGAGCAGUUGUGUUUGUGGUGGACAGCAGCGUCUUCCAGAAGGACAUCAGAGACGUGGCUGAGUUUCUCUACUCCAUCCUCACAGACAACGUGGUGGCAAAAAAUGCCCCGACACUUGUGGUAGCCUGCAACAAACAAGAUAUCACUAUGGCGAAAUCAGCUAAAUUAAUUCAGCAGCAGUUGGAGAAGGAGAUGAAUACUCUGAGAGUGACGCGCUCCGCUGCUCUCUCCUCUCAGGACGGGGCUGAUGGGGGAUCUGUGUAUCUGGGGAAGAGAGGCAGAGAUUUCGAGUUCUCUCAGCUGCCCAGUCGAGUGGAGUUCAUCGAGUGCAGCGCACGAGGAAGUAAAGAAGAUGGAGAUGCUGACAUCGAAGCUCUGGAGAAGUGCCUGGCCAAGCUCUGACGAGCUCAAAUCUCCACAACUAGAAUCAAGAUCACUCAGAAACUCAUGUAGAGCAGCUUCUCUGGAUUUUUUUUCUUUCUUCAGUGUUGUACCAAUCCAGGAGUAUACAGCAUGUCCUACAGAUACAGCACACUGAAAGUUAAACCACAAUCAAUGUAUUCGGUAUGAAACGGAAUGGCAUUUCUGUUGGCCUUAGUGUUUUCACUUUUUGAGUUCAAACUGGAGCCAGGUCAACAUUGUACUUCUAUUCAACUGUGUUGUAUAUUGUUUCGCUAGAAGCAAGUGUGAGUGUAAAUUAUAUUAAAGAUGGCUAAAUGA